AUGGCGUGGCGGGUGGCUUUACCGGAAAAAGAGGGAGCAUCAGCGUCAUCUCGAGCAGCCUCGCCGGGAAAUAAAAGGAGUUGGGACUGGAACCGCACUUGGUACACAGCCAACCCAGAUUUGACAGAGUGUUUUCAGAACACCGUUCUAGUGUGGGUGCCCUGUGCGUAUCUGUGGUUGCUGGCCCCCAUCUACUGCCUUCACCUUUACUGCCAUGAUCAUGGACGCAUUCAGAUGUCCCCCCUCUGCAUCGCCAAGAUGGCGCUCGGCUUUCUGUUGGCCUCCUUCGGCUUUGUGGAGUUCUUCUACAUUCUGUUGGAGAGGAGCCAGGAGAUAGAGCAGCACAUAGUCUUCCUUCUUAGCCCCAUCGUACGCAGCCUGACUGUGAUCCUGGCUUUAUGUAUCAUCCAGUUGGAAAGAAUACGAGGUUGUCGCUCUUCUGUAUUCCUCUUCCUCUUCUGGGUCUUGGCUGUUGUUUGUUCCCUGGUGCCUCUGAGAGCAAAGAUCCAGCUGGCCCUGGAUGAGGGCAUUGCCUCCGAUACGGUGCGAUAUCUGGCCUUCUUCUCCUACUUCGCCAUCCAACUGGUCCAGCUCUUCUUGUGCUGCUUUGCCGACCUGCCUCCUGAGGGGGAAAGUGUCUGGGGAAAGAAUCCUUGCCCUGUGAAAGACGCUUCGUUUCUGUCUAAGAUCCUCUUCUGGUGGUUUACUGGACUUGUUGUGAAGGGCUAUCGCACUCCCCUAGCGGCGGAGGACCUGUGGACGUUGAGAGAGGAAGACACGUCACACAAAAUCAUCUCUGAGCUGCAGGAGGACUGGACGGCCGAAUGUGCCAAAAUUCAAAAGCAGGAGAAGGCCCUGACGUCAGGUGUAGCACUGGGGAGCAGGUUGCCUGACCAAGCUCAGCUCCUCAGGAAGCUUCACAAGGAGCAGAGCUCUGGUUUCUUCCUGCUCAGAACUCUGGCACGCAAGUUUGGUCCCUACUUCCUGACCGGCACCAUGUGUAUCAUAUUCCAUGAUGCCUUCAUGUUCGCCAUUCCCCAGGUGUUGAGUCUUCUCCUGGACUUCAUCAGGGAUGAAGAUGCUCCAUUGUGGAAGGGCUACUUCUACGCUACUCUGAUGUUCCUGCUCUCUUGCCUCCAGUCCCUCUUCAACCAUCAGUACAUGUACACUUGCUUCACAGUGGGAAUGAGGGUUAAGACGGCUGUCAUGGGCUUGGUUUACAGAAAGUCUUUGGUGAUAAACAGCGCUGCCAGGAGGACUUGCACCGUCGGGGAGAUUGUCAAUUUGGUUUCAGCUGACACCCAGAAGCUCAUGGACUUUGUGGUUUACUUCAACGCUGUGUGGCUUGCGCCUAUAGAAAUCGCCCUUUGCCUCUUCUUCCUUUGGCAACACCUUGGACCAUCAGCUUUAGCAGGAAUCGCCACAGUCAUUCUCAUUUUCCCUCUGAAUGGACUGAUAGCCAAGAAAAGGAGCAAGCUGCAGGAGAUUCAAAUGAAGUUUAUGGAUGGCCGCAUCAGACUAAUGAACGAGAUUUUGAAUGGGAUAAAGAUUCUAAAGUUCUACGCCUGGGAAAAGGCCUUCUUGGAGCAAGUUCUGGGUUACAGACAAAAAGAACUAAAGGCCCUGAAGAAAUCCCAGAUCCUUUACUCCAUCUCUAUUGCAUCUUUCAAUUCUUCAUCUUUCAUGAUUGCUUUUGCAAUGUUUGGAGUUUACGUAACGCUUGACGACAAAAACAUCCUGGAUGCUCAGAAGGUUUUUGUUUCAAUGGCGCUGAUCAACAUUCUGAAGACGCCUCUCAGCCAACUUCCAUUUGCAAUAAGCACGACCAUGCAGGCUGUGGUUUCCCUAAAACGUCUGGGAAAGUAUCUGUGUUCAGAAGAACUCAAAGUGGACAAUGUAUUAAAGGCUCUAAUUAGUUCGGAUGGAGAGGAUGUGACGAUUGAAAAUGGAACUUUCAGCUGGUCUACAGAAGGCCCUCCAUGUCUUAAAAAGAUCUCCAUCCGUGUGCCGCGGGGUUCCCUGGUGGCCGUGGUCGGACACGUGGGCAGCGGGAAGUCCUCUUUAUUGUCCGCCAUGCUUGGAGAAACAGAGAAAAGAAGUGGCCAUGUCAGUGUGAAGGGUUCUACCGCAUAUGUGCCCCAGCAGGCCUGGAUCCAGAAUGCCACAGUCCAAGACAAUAUCAUAUUUGGCCGUGAGAAGCUGAAGACUUGGUACCAUCGUGUGCUGGAGGCCUGCGCCCUGCUGCCUGACCUAAACAUCCUACCUGCUGGAGAUGCAACGGAAAUUGGAGAAAAGGGACUAAACCUCUCAGGUGGACAGAAGCAAAGGGUGAGCCUGGCCCGGGCUGUCUAUAGAAAAGCAGAUGUGUAUUUGCUGGAUGACCCGCUGUCUGCUGUUGACGCACACGUCGGGCAGCACAUUUUCGAAAAAGUUAUCGGACCCAAAGGCGUACUUCGAGACAAGACCCGUAUCUUGGUGACCCAUGGGAUGAGCUUCCUGCCGCAGGCUGACCUCAUCCUCGUCCUCGUGAACGGAGAAAUCACAGAGAGCGGCUCAUACCAGGAACUCCUUAGCCGCCGUGGCGCUUUUGCGGACUUCAUCCACACCUUCGCAAGCGGAGAGAGGAAAGAGAGCACCAUACAAAGAGCUGGUUCAAGGAGGUCCAAUGCUCGUCUCAGCAUGGUUGAUUUCAUGCCAUUCUCCAGAGAUUUAUCUCAGGAGCAGCUCAUUGGAGGCGACACAACUAAUACAAACCUGCAGAAUAUGGAGCCCGUGUCUGAAGCCGAGCAGGAACAAGUUCAGAAGGACCUCGGCAAGCUGACGGUGGUUGAUAAGGCCCGCACUGGAAGAGUGAGGCUGGAUAUGUACCAAAAGUACUUUAAGACCAUCGGCCUGGCCAUCAUCAUCCCUAUUGUCUUCUUGUACGCCUUUCAACAGGGAGCCUCGCUGGCCUAUAACUACUGGCUCAGCAUGUGGGCCGAUGACCCAAUCGUUAACGGUACUCAGACUGAUGCAGACCUGAAACUAGCCGUUUUUGGAGCGCUGGGCUUUGUUCAAGGCGUUGCCAUCUUUGGUACCACUUUGGCUAUCUCUCUAUGCGGUAUCAUCGCCUCCCGCCACUUGCACAUGGAUCUGCUGGUCAACGUUUUGCGUUCGCCGAUGUCUUUCUUCGAGUGCACUCCCAGUGGAAACUUGCUCAACCGCUUUGCCAAAGAGAUUGACGCCAUUGACUGCAUGGUGCCCGAGGGCCUGAAGAUGAUGCUGAGCUACGUCUUUAAACUCUUGGAGAGCUUCUACGUUGCCACAUCCUGCCAGCUGCGGAGACUGGAAGCUGUGAGCCGCUCCCCUAUCUACACCCACUUCAACGAGACGGUACAGGGCGCCAGCGUCAUUCGGGCCUUUGGCGAUCAGUCCAGGUUUAUUCUACAGGCUAAUGACAGGGUAGACUUCAAUCAGACCUCCUACUUCCCCCGAUUUGUGGCCACGCGAUGGUUGGCAGUCAAUCUGGAGUUUGUUGGCAAUGGAGUGGUGUUAGCAGCCGCCAUUCUUUCUGUAAUGGGAAGGAACACCCUUAGUCCUGGCAUAGUGGGUCUGGUUGUGUCACACUCCCUUCAGGUGACUGGAAUCCUGAGCUGGAUUGUCAGAUCCUGGACCGAUGUAGAAAACAACAUUGUUUCGGUGGAGAGAGUCAAUGAGUAUGCUGACACUGCAAAAGAGGCCAGCUGGAGCCUGGAAGGCAGCUCUUUGCCGCUGGCCUGGCCCCAGACAGGCACCAUCGAGUUUCAGGACUAUGGGCUUCAGUACCGCAAAGGCUUGGAGUUGGCUUUGAAAGGCAUUACCUUGCAGAUCCAUGAACGAGAGAAAGUGGGCAUUGUUGGAAGGACGGGAGCUGGGAAAUCCUCACUUGCUUUGGGAAUAUUCCGAAUUUUAGAGGCAGCAAAGGGAAAGAUUUUUAUUGAUGGAGUCAACAUCGCUGACAUUGGACUCCAUGAUCUCCGAUCACGCAUUACGAUCAUUCCUCAGGACCCUGUGCUGUUCUCUGGCUCCUUACGGAUGAACCUCGACCCCUUUGACACCUACACAGAUGAAGAUGUUUGGAAUUCACUGGAACUUGCCCACCUCAAGAACUUUGUAUCCAACCUGCCUGACAAACUCAACCAUGAAUGCUCAGAGGGGGGAGAGAACCUAAGUUUGGGUCAGCGCCAACUUGUGUGCCUGGCAAGAGCUUUGCUGAGGAAAACCAAGAUCCUGGUCCUGGACGAGGCAACAGCCGCGGUGGACCUGGAGACCGACACACUGAUCCAGUCGACGAUCCGCACACAGUUUGAAGACUGUACUGUCCUAACCAUUGCUCACCGCCUCAACACUAUCAUGGACUACACAAGAGUGAUUGUUAUGGACCGAGGCCACAUCUCUGAAAUUGAUUCUCCAGCCAACCUCAUCGCACAGCAGGGACAGUUCUUCCGAAUGUGCCAAGAAGCUGGGCUGGUCUAAGUCUUUUACAGUUCUCAGACCACGUUUGCUCCCGUGCAAACUUGGCACCUUUCUGUUUUUUUGUAUGGCUUUUCAACAAAAGUUGAAUCAGCCCUUCCAGGCAUUGUGGCAGCUGCAAGCAGGGCAUUACGAUUGACUGUCCAGAAACGCUGCAGACGCUAGUCUUGGGUUUUUCACACAUGGACAUGCGGUCCGGAAGUUGUUAACCUCAAAUUAUGAACAUUCAAACAAAGCUAUAGCGGGUUGCUGGGAGUGUGCAAGCGAUUGGUAAUGUAUAUAGAGAAAGUGGAAUCUUUUUUUUUACUAUUUGAGGCUGAAGCCUGGAAUGAAAGAGGAGCACAGAUUAUAAAGACUUGUAUUCCCCUUUUCAAUGGGAACAGUAUUAUUGUAGUCGUUUUCUAUGUGUUUUAUAGCACAUGACAUGUAUUUCAUGUUUUCUCAGGCUUUAACGUUGAUGUUUACUUACACUUUCCAAAAGCCUCGAAUGCCAAAAAAAAAAAGGUCAUUUGCUUUUAUAUUUUGCUUGACUGUCCUAGAAAGGAGGACAGGGGGAAUACUCUGGCAUACUGACCCUCCAAAGGGUUCAACCUGGCAAAUGUGAGGGAAGUGAGGUUUUUCAUAACCAUCGGAAAUUAUUUAGAAGCGGCCAAAAUGGAAUAUAUGACAGAGAACAGGAGACAAACAAUAGUGUUGGACCGAGACAUUCACAGGCUGGGUAUUUCUGUCAAAGUAAACACAUCCAAGGAAACCGUGUUGGUUAGAUUUAACCUGAUUUCUGAAUCUGAAAAACCGCCAUGAAUGCAGAGAAUGUCUCUUUGAAACAAUGACAAUAAAUCUUGGUGAGUGACUGUCCCUCCGCCACCACCACACAACUCAGGCCAUACGUAUAUCUAUAUAUAUAGAUUUACAGAGAAUUCACUAUUGUUCUAUUUUUUCCAGAAUUUACAGUGUAGAUAGUCCGCAAAAACCUUUUGCCUUGAUUCCAAGAAUGGUAUGAACUUUUCACAGAGAAAACUCAUACGCUGGUUUUGUCUUACUGGUUUAGACAAUAUACACAAAGUAUAAACCAUGUAGUUUAUUUUUGUGGUUUUUUUCAAAAUUCUGAGAAAUGUAUUAUAUUUAUACUUUUUAUAACAAGCUAUUUCAUUUUUCACUGAUCGAUGUAUAUUAUUGUAUUGUUUUGUUGUAUACAUAAA